AUGAAGGCUUUUAUUUCCGUUGUGCUUGGGGUCGAUAGUGGAGAUGUGGGGGCGCUUGGCAAGGUAAAAGCAUAUUAUGGCUGUGUUGAGGCCCAAGGCAGAGGGAUGCUUCAUUGUCAUAUGCUUGUAUGGCUCGAAGGCGGUUUGAAUCCUAAUGAGAUCAAGGAUCAAAUUCUUCAGAAAGGUGACCAGGAAUUCUGCGAUAGAUUAUUAGCGUUUCUGGAUGACACCAUCUCGACCUGCGUACCAAAACCCUCCGAGAUACAGCCAGAAGUCCCUUCUUCUCGUUCCCAUCCAUCGUCAGUUUGCAGUAUACAGGAUCUAUACACGAAAGACAUUCCCAAUCAGCAAGCGAUAGAAGCAGACCUUCAAAACUUGAUAUCUAAAUCACAAAUUCAUAAACAUUCGGGAACAUGUUACAAAUACUGGAAGUCACCUGAACCUAGGACCUGUCGGGAAAAGUCGUCCUUCGAUCCAGAUACAGGGGAGUUAUGCUUACAAUGCCUCGAUGGAAUGGUCAAUCAUUUCAAUGAAACCAUAAUCAGGGUGGUGCGAUGCAAUAUGGACAUCCAAUUCAUCGGUUCAGGGGCUUCGGCAAAAGCAGUCCUUUAUUAUAUUACCGAUUACAUCACCAAGUCUAGAUUGAAAGCGAAUGUCGUGUACGCAGCGUUAGAGUUAUCUGUGAGGAAAUUAGGAGAAUACGAUCCACAAGAAGACGAUAUUACCGUUCGUGCGAAGCGGUUACUACAGAAAUGUUCAUAUGCCAUGAUGACCAAGCAAGAACUGUCAGGGCAGGAGGUGGCUACUCAUGCUUUCCGUCCCAUGUUUUGGACGAGUUUGGAACAUGUCAUCGAUGUCAUGGAUCCUGUCUCCCAAGUGCAAUGUGACUGA